AUGGCUCCAGCUGCGCUGGGCCAUUUACACGGCUACAUCUAUAUAUCCCCAGCUGCUUUCCCGACAGCUGGGGGGGAGUGGGACAGAGCAGAAGUCUGGAAGGCGUCCAACGGAACGUGCACGGCUCAACACGGCAGCACCGUUCAGAGGCAUCGAUUGCAGGGAGACCAUGCGAAUGAGCCUGGCGGAGAGCCGGCGGCACCGGGGUGGAGGCGUGGGGGAGCCUUGAUGGAGAAGCUAAACAACGCCGUUUACCUUCAGAGCAUGGUCCUAGCGUUCGUCUCGAGGAUGCGCAUGGGUGCAGACAACUGCGCCUGCUUGUGGAAAUGA